CCGCGCGGGGCCGCCCGCCGCGGGCUCGGGGCCAGCCAUGCGCCCGCCGCGCCUGCCGCCGGCCCCCUGGCUCUGCGUGCUGCUCGGCGCCCUGGCCUGCGCCCGCGGACCCUCGGGCGGCCUGGCCGCAGGGCUGCAGCGGGAGGAGUGCAUCUACCUGCAGAUGCUCGAGGUACAGCACCAGCAGUGCCUGGAGGAAGCCAAGGUGGAGAACGAGACGGAAGGCUGUGGCAAGAUGUGGGACAAUCUCACCUGCUGGCCAGCCACCCCCCGGAACCAAGUGGUUGUCUUACCCUGCCCCCCCAUCUUUAAAAUCUUCUCCUCCAUUGAAGGCCGCAACGUGAGCCGCACCUGUACCGACAAGGGCUGGGCGGACCUGGAGCCCGGUCCCUACCCUGAGGCCUGUGGCUUGGAGGACAGGGAUCUGGAUGAGCACCAGACCGUGUUCUACAGCUCGGUGAAGACCGGCUACACCGUUGGUUACAGCCUGUCCCUGGCCGCCCUCGUGAUCGCCAUGACCAUCUUGACCCUGUUCAGGAAGCUGCACUGCACGCGGAACUACAUCCACAUGCACCUCUUCAUCUCCUUCAUCCUGAGGGCGGUGGCCGUCUUCAUCAAAGACUUGGCCCUCUUUGACAGCGACGAGACGGACCACUGCGAGGGCUCGGUGGGCUGUAGGGCAGCCGUGGUCCUGUUCCAGUACUGUGUCAUGGCCAACUACUUCUGGCUGCUGGUGGAGGGCCUCUACCUGUACACCCUGCUCGCCGUUUCCUUCUUCUCCGAGCGGAAGUACUUCUGGGGGUACAUACUCAUCGGCUGGGGGGUACCCAGCACAUUCACCAUGAUAUGGACCAUCGUCAGGAUCCAUUUUGAGAAUUAUGGAUGCUGGGACACCAUCAACUCUCCACUGUGGUGGAUCAUAAAGGCCCCUGUCCUCGCCUCCAUCUUGGUGAACUUCAUCCUCUUCAUUUGCAUCAUCCGAAUCCUAGUUCAGAAACUUCGGCCCCCAGAUGUUAUGAAGAGCAACAACAGCCCAUACUCGAGACUGGCCAAGUCCACACUUCUGCUCAUCCCCCUGUUCGGAGCACACUACAUCAUGUUUGCCUUCUUCCCCGAUGACUUUAAGCCCGAGCUGAAGAUGGUCUUUGAGCUCGUCGUGGGGUCCUUCCAGGGCUUUGUGGUGGCCAUCCUCUACUGCUUCCUCAAUGGCGAGGUGCAGGCGGAGCUGCGGAGGAAGUGGCGGCGCUGGCACCAGCAGGGCAUCCUGGGACUGGUCCCCCGCUACCAGCACCCCGGCAGCCACAGCAACGGCACCACGUGCAGCACGCAGGUGUCCAUGCUGACCCGCGUCAGCCCCGACGCCCCGCGCUCCUCCAGCUUCCAGGCCGAGGUCUCCGUGGUCUGAGCACCAGGCGCGCAGGAGCCAAGCGCGGCCCCGUGUCCAUCCACACUCAGCCACCCACCGAGUCUGGGGCACAGCCAGCCGCAGCCCU